CCCCGGCUCGGCCCCACCCCGCUGGGCUCCCGGGUGUAAUCCGCGGCGCCGAGCAAGCUUGUCCCCCCCGCCUCGCGGAGCGCCGCUGCUAGCCACUCUUGGAGAUGGAGCCAAAGAAGAUCACAGACAGGAGAGAGAAAACUAGAAUGGAAAAUACCGGGCCAGCGCCAGCUCCGUUUCCAGACUCAGUGUUCUCCCGAUCCACCAUGGCCAAUGUGGAGUCCAUCAUCCGCAUCCCCCCGUACUACUACAUCCACGUGCUAGACCAGAACAGCAAUGUGUCCCGCGUGGAGAUUGGGCCAAAGACCUACAUCCGGCAGGACAAUGAGAGGAUACUGUUCUCCCCCUCGCCCAUGGUGACUGUCCCUCCACGCCACUACUGUGUAGUGGCCAACCCUGUGUGCCGGGACGGCCAGGGCUCCGUGCUGCUCGACGUCACAGGGCAAGUACGGCUCCGCCACGGUGACCAGGAGAUCCGGCUGGCGCAGGACCCCUUCCCCCUGUACCCAGGGGAGUCGCUAAAGGAGCCCAGCACCCCGCUGCAGGUGGUUCUGCCCAAUACUGCCCUGCAUCUGAAGGCACUGCUGGACUUCGUGGAUAAGAAUGGAGACAAGGUGGUGGCCGGAGAUGAGUGGCUGUUUGAGGGGCCUGGCACGUACAUCCCCCAGAAGGAGGUGGAAGUCGUGGAGACCAUCCAGGCCACCGUCAUCAAACCCAACCAGGCUCUGCGGCUGAGGGCCCGCAAGGAGUGCUGGGACCGGGAUGGCAAGGAGAGAGUGACAGGAGAAGAGUGGCUGGUCCGCUCAGUGGGUGCGUAUCUCCCGGCGGUGUUUGAGGAAGUUCUGGAUUUGGUGGAUGCUGUGAUCCUUACAGAAAAGACAGCCUUGCACCUCCGGGCUCUCCAGAACUUCCAGGACUUGCGGGGAGUGGCCCGCCGCACUGGAGAGGAAUGGCUGGUCACGGUGCGAGACGCCGCAGCCCACGUGCCGGAUGUGUACGAGGAGGUGCUGGGGGUUGUGCCCAUCACGACCUUGGGUCCCCGCCACUACUGUGUGGUCCUCGACCCUGUGGGACCAGAUGGCAAGAACCAGCUAGGACAGAAGCGCGUCAUCAAGGGCGAGAAGUCCUUUUUCCUGCAGCCUGGCGAGAGGCUGGAGCGAGGCAUCCAGGAUGUGUAUGUGCUGUCCGAGCAGCAGGGCCUGCUGCUGAAGGCGCUGCAGUCCCUGGAGGAGGGCGAGGAGGGCGAGGAGGGCCCACACCAGGCCGGGGACCACUGGCUCAUCCGAGGGCCCCUGGAGUACGUGCCGUCGGCCAAGGUGGAGGUGGUGGAGGAGCGCCAGGCCAUCCCUCUGGAUGAGAACGAGGGCAUCUACGUGCAGGAUGUCAAGACUGGGAAGGUGCGCGCUGUGAUCGGAAGCACCUACAUGCUGGACCAGGACGAGGUCCUGUGGGAGAAGGAGCUGCCUCCUGGGGUGGAGGAGCUGCUGAGCAAGGCGCAGGACCCCCUGGCCGACAGGGGCAUGACAGACAGCACCAGCACCCUUCCUCCCUCCGCCGCCCGGAACAAGACCCGCGUGGUCAGCUACCGUGUGCCGCACAAUGCGGCCGUGCAGGUGUACGACUACAGAGCCAAGCGGGCCCGUGUGGUCUUUGGGCCAGAACUGGUGUCGCUGGGUCCCGAGGAGCAGUUCACUGUGUUGUCCCUCUCGGCAGGGCGGCCCAAACGGCCCCAUGCCCGCCGGGCACUCUGCCUGCUGCUUGGGCCUGACUUCUUCACAGAUGUCAUCACCAUCGAGACUGCAGAUCACGCCAGGCUGCAGCUGCAGCUUGCCUACAACUGGCAUUUUGAACUGAGCGACCGGAAUGACCCUCAGGAGGUGGCCAAGCUCUUCUCAGUGCCUGACUUCGUGGGCGACGCGUGCAAGGCCAUUGCAUCCCGUGUGCGGGGGGCUGUGGCCUCCGUCAGCUUCGAUGACUUCCAUAAGAACUCGGCCCGCAUCAUCCGUGCUGCUGUCUUUGGCUUUGAGACCUCCGAAGCCAGGGGCCCUGAUGGCUUGGCCAUGCCCAGGCCCAGGGACCGGGCCCUCUUCCCCCAAAAUGGGCUGGUGGUCAGCAGCGUAGAUGUGCAGUCGGUGGAGCCUGUGGACCAACGGACCCGGGAUGCCUUACAGCGCAGCGUCCAGCUGGCCAUUGAGAUCACCACCAACUCCCAGGAGGCAGCGGCCAAGCAUGAGGCUCAGAGGCUGGAGCAAGAAGCCCGUGGACGGCUGGAACGGCAGAAGAUCCUCGACCAGUCAGAAGCCGAGAAGGCGCGCAAGCAACUCUUGGAGCUUGAGGCCAUGAGCGUGGCUGUGGAGAGCACUGGGUCUGCCAAGGCUGAGGCUGAGUCACGGGCGGAGGCUGCGCGGAUUGAGGGAGAAGGUUCCGUGCUGCAGGCCAGGUUGAAGGCGCAGGCCCUGGCCAUUGAGACGGUGAGAGGGGCUACCGGGGAAGGGCGUGGGACCCAGCUCUACGGCCAUUACGGCCACUGGAUGGACAGUGGUGUACCCGGGCUGUUCACCCUGCUGGCUGAGUCUGCAGCUCCGGGCCAGUCCCUGGGCCUGAAGUCCACCCUCAUCACCGACGGCUCCACUCCCAUCAACCUCUUCAACACCGCUUACGGGCUGCUGGGGUUUGGGGCUGACAGUCAGCCCCCAAAGGCUGGGGGGGUCCUCCUGGAUGGCUCGUCUUCCCAGGCCCCUGGAGGCAACCACGUUGUGCCUCACUAGGUCUGCACUGAAAGUAGGCCAGUAAAACCAGUGUAUCUGAGCAUCUAACCCUUUUCUGGGAGGGGACGUGGGUCAAUGCCGGGGCAGUUCCCUGGUAUACACUAGGCCCCGGGGUUGAUCCCCAGUACCACUAAAUAAAAAGUCACUAUAUCAAACAAAAUAAUCCUUUUUU